CUGGGCACCCUUACAACGUAAUGCGCUAAACUAGACGUAUACGUGGCGCUGACGUCAGCGUUUAGCGGAAGGACCAGUUCCUUCGUAGGCAGUGGAGUGAUCAAAUAAAGAUUAUUUAUUUACCGCAGGUGAUGUGCCUGAGCAUCCAUGAACACGCGUCGUCGCCACGGUCCUAGGAACAGCCAGGAAGGGGUGUACCUAGGGCCUGCCCAGACCCAGUCACCGCUGAUCCAGUUGCAGGACCCACAACUCACAGCCCCCAGUCCACCGCCACCUGCCCCACUGGGGGACAUAAGUAACAUGUCGGGCAGGGACCGCACCAAUGAGUUCCAGUCAGUCUGCAGGUCACUACAGGGGAGACAGAAUGCGGUCCAGUCCAGCAAGCCAGCCCUCAGUGCCGUCAGACAGCGCAGUGACUUUACACUCAUGGCAAAGAGGAUUGGGAAGGACUUGAGUAACACUUUCGCCAAACUGGAAAAACUCACAAUACUUGCCAAAAGGAAAUCUCUUUUUGAUGACAAAGCUGUGGAGAUUGAGGAGUUAACCUACAUUGUUAAACAGGACAUAAACAGUCUGAAUAAACAGAUAGCACAGCUGCAGGGUCUUGUGCGCUCCAGACAGAGUCAGAAUGGCAAACACCUACAGACACAUUCCAACACCAUCGUUGUCUCCCUCCAGUCCAAACUGGCAUCAAUGUCAAACGACUUCAAGUCGGUGCUGGAGGUCAGGACAGAGAACCUCAAAGAGCAGAAGAGUAGAAGGGAUCAAUUUUCUCAAGCCCCAGCAUCCUCCUCCCAUCUACAUGCCAGCAACUUCGGUAACUCAUUGUUAAUGCAGGACGACUCUAAAAGGACAGCUGAAGUCUCUAUAGACAUGGACUUCCGUGCCAGCCAACAGCUGCAGCUUGUCAAUGAACAGGACUCGUACAUCCAGAGCCGUUCAGACACCAUGCAGAACAUAGAGACCACCAUCGUAGAGCUGGGCUCCAUCUUCCAGCAGCUGGCCCACAUGGUGAAGGAGCAGGAGGAGACAGUGCAGAGAAUUGAUGCCAAUGUGGAGGACACCCAGCUCAACGUGGACAUGGCACACUCCGAGAUCCUCAAGUACUUUCAGUCCGUCUCAUCCAACCGCUGGCUCAUGGUCAAAAUCUUCCUCGUCCUCAUAGUCUUCUUCAUCGUCUUUGUGGUCUUCUUUGCUUGAGGAGCAGGGGGGCACUUGGCUAAGGAUGGGAGAGGGAGGGAUAGGCUGGAGGAGAGCAGUUUCUCCUUUAUGUUUCAUACUUUCUCUCCUUGUGGUUUAAAGAAAAUACCACUGCUAACACACAAUUCUGCAUAUGUUAAGAUGUGGUUAUGUUGAUAAUGAAUAAUUGUAUGGUAGAAAGAAGUUGAAAAAUAUGAUUAUUCUUAUUACCAUCCAUUAAAUGGAGUAAAUAGAUGAAAUCUAUGAUGCACGGUAGAAGACUAUAGCAGUUGGAUUGAAACUCUCUUCUGUUGUCUUCAUGUGUUCUUUCUGUAAUUUGUAGAAAACAUUCCUACUUCUUGAAGGACAGGGUCAAUCCAAAGAUAAAUUGAGUCGGAAUAGGAAACUGGUAGAUUCAUUUGGCCUUAAAAGACCUGUAUGCUGAAUCUCUGAGGGACGUUACUCCUCACAAUGCACCUCACUGCCAGCAGUAAUACCUCCAUUAGGAUGUUAGGGCUGAUUGACAAGGCCAUGUGAAUGACCUCUGACCUUCAAUCUCUUCUUUGAUGGUUAGGAAAGCUGAUGGGAAAUGUUUGGCCACUCUUAACCUAAACUGUACGUGCGUUGUGUUCCACAAUGAUAUCAUGCACAUGAAAGGACAUCCAUCAUGACAGUCAACUUGCCGUGGUUGACCUGAGAUAGAUGAUCGUACUGUGUAAGUGAAGCAUUUCCAGUACUUCAUGACAGUCAACUUGCCGUGGUUGACCUGAGAUAGAUGAUCGUACUGUGUAAGUGAAGCAUUGCCAGUACUUCAUGACAGUCAACUUGUCGUGGUCGACCUGAGAUAGAUGAAUGUACUGUGUAAGUGAAGCAUUGCCAGUACUUCAUGACAGUCAACUUGUCGUGGUCGACCUGAGAUAGAUGAAUGUACUGUGUAAGUGAAGCAUUGCCAGUACUGCUGGUGCUUUUAUUUUCUCUAGUCAGAUACUGAACUGUAUGUGCACAACUGCUUUGCCUUUUACAGCUACCAUAGAAUAUCUUUGAAUUAAGAUACAUUAUUUUCAAUAAACUGGUUAUUUAAAUUAUGUUCAAUCAGAGUCUGCACAUAACACCAAAUGAGUGGUGUUUUACAGACAGAUGUUCUACAUUUUUCACCCCCUGCCUCUCCCCUAAUACCCACCCACAUCACACACACACACACUUCAUAAAUGUUCAAUGUUCACACAUUUUCUGGGACUAAAUCUCUGUUUUAUCUAUGUCUCUGAGGUAUCUGUAAAGGUAAAUUAAUUGUAAUUCAAAUUUGUUAUGUCUCUCCUUUUUGUUCAAGAGAAUGACUUGGAGACACCAAAAAAAUAUUCAAAUAUACAAACUCAUCUGCUAAGCUAAUAUUCUGGAACCCAGAAAUAUUGGAAUGGACAUUUUUUUAAAAACUGUUUCACACAUUUGCUCUCCUCUGUCUCUGGAUAUCUUGGAGGAAGUAUUGUAGGUCACUGCUAAUUUUAUUGAUACCCCUAAUUUCUGUAUUUUAUCAUAAGCUUUUGUUGUAGAAACUGCAAAUGUGUAAGCAAAAAUUAAAAAUCAUUGUAAAAGUUUA